GAAAAUUAAAACAGCAAAAAAUGGCACUAAUUUCCCUUCAUUCAAAGCCCCUUCUUCUGCAAUUCAUGCUUCUGAUUUUCUUCGUUCUUGGAAACAGACUGCAUGCAAGUGAUCCUCCUCUAACUCUGGAUUAUUAUGCAUCCACUUGUCCAACUGUGCUUGAAAAUGUCAAGAAAGAGAUGGAAUGUGCAGUGCUAGCCGACCCACGUAACGCAGCCUUGAUAGUCCGAUUACAUUUCCAUGACUGUUUCGUUCAGGGAUGCGAUGGAUCGAUUUUGCUCGAUGACACAAUUACAUUACAAGGGGAGAAGAAAGCUUCCCCCAACAGAAACUCUUUAAAAGGUUUCGGAAUCAUUGAUAGGAUCAAGAACAAGCUUGAGUCAGAGUGCCCUGGGAUUGUUUCUUGUGCAGAUAUUCUCACCAUUGCUGCAAGAGAUGCUGUGAUCCUGGUUGGUGGACCUUACUGGGAUGUUCCUCUAGGAAGAAAGGAUUCUGUAACCGCAGGUUAUGCUUUGUCAAACACGAAUAUUCCUACAGCAGAUGAGGGGCUUCUCUCUAUAAUUUCCAAGUUUCUUUAUCAAGGCCUCUCGGUCACAGACAUGGUAGCUCUUGCAGGAGCACACACUAUAGGCGUGGCACGAUGUGCCAGUUUCAGAGCAAGGAUUUAUGGAGACUUGAAAGCAACUUCAGGGCAUGAUCCAAUCUCUGAUUCAACCCUCAGCAAAUUGAAAUCCAUCUGCCCACCCAUUGGAGGAUCCGACAAUAACAUAUCAGCCAUGGACUAUGUUACUCCUAACCUUUUCGACAAUUCGUUCUACCAUAUUCUGUUGAAAGGGGAGGGGCUUCUAAACUCAGACCAAGAUAUGUACUCAAGUGUGUUUGCAAUGGGAACAAAGGAGCUCGUGAAAAAGUAUGCAGAAGAUGCAAUUGCUUUCUUCCAGCAGUUCUCGGAUUCAAUGACAAAAAUGGGAAAUAUUACAAAUUCUGAUAGCUUUAUCACUGGAGAAGUUAGGAGAAAUUGCAGAUUUGUGAACACAUGAACAAGAUAACUCCAGACUAGUAAUAUAAACUUAUAUAUAUAAUAUAUGUUUGUUACAACCAAAAAGCAAACACAGAAUAUAUGUAUUACAAUUCUGAAAAGGAAACAUUGAUGAAAAAGUGUCGGAGAUAUAUAGUUGGAAAGUGAUGUCUUUGUUUAUUCAGUUCGUUAAAAUGUUACUGUCAUGGAGUGGAGUGGAGUGCCCUUCCUAUAUCGG